UGUAGGUAUUUCUCAAUAUCUAUGUAAAUAGAUGAAACACACUUACUGCCGUAACGCGCAUGCGCAAGUACUUAGCAAGUACAAGAGGUGAAGAGGUUCCGUUGUUAACGUGUCUUGCACAGGUCUGCAGCUGAGCUGUUGUCCACUGUUGAGCCGUUGGUGCCGCUGCUCGAUAGUAAAUUCCUCCCCUGCAUUCUUGGUGUCCACCAUAUAGGACAGAAGAGAGAGAGAGAGAGAGAGAGAGAGAGAGAGAAACUGAGAAAAGAGAGAGACAGAAGAAGAGAAAAAUAACAUCACAUGUAGUCCAAAUAAUGGACGCCAAUUACUUAUGAAAAUGGAGGGAAUGAAAGGCUAAAAUUGAUGCAUUAGCCACAGCUGACACAACUGAUGAUGGACGGGAGGGAUCUUUUGCACGUGAGGGAACUGAUGCAUCUGCAAAUGAGGAUUUCGACACAUCUGUACAUACGGGAUCUGACUCGUCUGCACUCGAGGGGUGUUCUACACACAUUUUCUUUCUGACAAAUGAGGAUUUGGAUACUUCUGCGGAAGAUGAAGAUGCUGAUGGGGCUGACUUUGGAUAUGCUGAGUAUCCUGAUUCCAGUGACUCUGAACCAGAGCUUGUCGCUGCUGAAUCAGAUUUGGAAGAAGAAGCUCCAAAUUUAGCCAAAGACUUGGCAGAUUGGGCCACGGAGACAAAACAAACACACAGAAAUGUAAAUGCACUUCUCAGUGUUCUCAGAAAACACGGGUCUCACCUCCCCAAAGAUGCCCGGACACUACUUUCCACCCCACACUCAGCAACUUUAAUAGACAAGCGCAAUGGAAAGUAUAUAUAUUUUGGCUUAGAGACCAGCAUCUUAGAACACAUUACGCAGAGCCCAAAUUUCAGAGGAGACAUUGAAGUAGUUUUAAAUGUUGAUGGUGUUCCUCUUUUCAAAUCUUCCAAAUUGCAGUUUUGGCCUACAUUGGCAGCUGUUCAGAAUUCGGAACCAUUCCAGGUUGCACUAUUUUGUGCAACAGAAAAGCCCAACUCAGUUGAGGACUAUGUGCAGGACUUGGUUGAGGAAAUAAAGACUCUCAAGCAAAAUGGUGUCCUUCAUCAAGGCACUGUGCACAAGGUCAAAAUUAAGGCCUUUGUCUGCGAUGCACCUGCUAGAGCAUUCCUGAAGUGCACAGUUGGACACAAUGGACUUCAAGGGUGUGAGUGGUGUGUGGCACCUGCUGUUAGUGUUCAGAGAAGGGUCACUUACCCUUCAAAAGAAGCUUUUGAGUCCAGGUCAGAUGUGGAUUUUGAUCAGGUCCGCUAUGCAGGUCAUCAGAAAAAUAAAUCACCCCUCAGUAGUGCUGGAAUCCUAUGCAUUAAGCAAUUUGCCUUAGACUACAUGCACCUUAUUUGUCUUGGAGUGGUUAAAAGAGUGCUUAUCUAUCUAUUGCGCGGACCUGUUAAUUGCAGGCUGGCACCGCUAAUGAGGGAGGAAAUGUCCAAUCGCAUGAAAAUGCUGCAGGGUGCCAUGCCAACAGAGUUUGCCAGGCAGCCCCGUUCAUUAAAGGAAGUGGAUCGCUGGAAAGCAACAGAAUUCCGCCAGUUCCUGUUGUACACAGGGCCGGUGGUUCUCCGGGACUUAUUGCUGGACUGUUUCUACGAACAUUUUUUGACAUUGACUGUGGGUAUGUCAAUCCUUCUAGAGUCAGAUACUCAGAAGAGAGAGGCAUAUCUUGAUUACGCUGCCAACCUCCUGAAGCACUUUGUGGACAAGUGUGAAGAGUUGUACGGACCAACGUUCACUGUUUACAAUGUCCACAGUGUGCAGCAUUUGCAUGAAGAUGUCGCAUACUUCCAGUGUUCAUUGAAUGAGCUGUCAUCAUUCCCAUUUGGGAACCACCUCCAGGAAUUAAAAAAACAAGUGAGGAACAGUAAAAACCCUAUUGCCCAGGUCAGAAAGAGGUUGGCAGAGAAGAAACAUCACCAAAGGUCCACCAGGUGCCCAAAACAGACCGGCCGGUUUGUGUCAGCCAAAACUCGCGACUGCUGUUUUUUCCUGAAGGAUGACAGCUAUGCCUUUGUGUUGGAGAAAAGAUCCAACAGAACUCUUGUUGCCAAUGUCAUUAUGCAGGAUGACACAGAGGAUCUGUUUGAGACUCCCUGCAAGUCCAGGCUCAUUGACAUGGUUUAUGUCAAGAGCCCCAUGGACAAACCCAAGAGAUGUCUGUUGCAGCACAAAGACUUGCAUAGAAAAGCAGUAUGCCUUCCAUAUGCUGAAGGGUUUGCAGUAUUCCCCCUUCUCCACAAUAUGGAAUGAUUUGCUUUAGUGGUAUCUAUAUUUAUACUAUUUUAUAGGUGCAAAUUAAUGUUAAUGUUUGUUGGACAAAUGCUUAAUAAUUUUCUUUUGCCAGGUGAUUGUGGUGACUCUGAAUAUAGAUAAAAGAGUAAGGGGGAAAAAAAGAGUAUUUAAAGAUUUUAUCCAAAAUGAUUCCCCUGAUGAAGACGCUGGUUGCUCACAAGGAACUCAUGACAAGAUUAGAAAGGAUAAAGCAAAUCCUUCAUACACAUCAACACAGAGAACCAGCCUGCUGGAGCCACCAAAAAAACUGAAAAGAAUUAACAACCCAUCACUGCUGACUCCACCAUGCACAUCAUCUCAGAGAAACAGUAUGCCAGAGCCAGCCAAGAAAAAUCAGAUUAAAAACCUGUCACCUCCCAUCCGACACGCAGCAUCUACGAGAAAAACUCUGCCAGAGCCACCCAAGAAAUUACAGAGAAACAAGCCAUCACCUGCUACACCAACAUCACAAACUCCAGAACCUUGGUCGAUGGACCUUUUUAUGCCUCCUCCAAAACUCAAAACCCAGGCUUCGCAGCUCUCACCGACUGCCUCCCCUACCAUGGGAUCUGCCGAUAACACCUGGAUCCCUGACCUGACCUCCACCCCGUGUACUCCGAAAACUGUGAAGGGACGAAAAAAUCUUCAACGCAGACUCCUCACGUCAUCACCAUCAGUAGCAACCACCAGUAGCCAAAGUCAAACUGAAUUUUCACAAACUACAAACCGGAGCCCGAGGACAGAUCUGAUGCAAUAUCGAUUGGCUGUGCAGAAAAAGAAGAGUACAACAAAAGACCUCCACCAACUAAAGCCAAGUUCUCUGCACAGACAGAGCCCCAGAGGAGGUAUGACAUGUGGGGUAACAUGUAUAUGGGUUGCCUACACCAGCCCUACAAGAAAAAACAAAGAGACCGGUCUCAACAGCUCCGGAGAUCUUUCUGUCACAAGCCAGGGACACAGAAGUUCAAAAAAAAAAGAGCCCAAGAGGAAAGACCGCCUCGAAAAGCGUGUUCCCAAUGUCUACAGCAAAGUUCCAGAGGGUGGUUAUAGGUAAAUUGGUGGACCUCACCGAGGAGGUCAAAGGACUCCGGGGAGCGAUGGAGCCAGAGGGCCUUCCAAGAGAAGUCAAAUAAUUAAAUACCCUUGAGGAGCUGGAAGACCUGGAGGCUAGUCUGAGGAAUCCCAAAGAGAGGGCAUCAUUGGUAUAAUAAAAAUAUCUUCAUUUUAACUUAGCUGUUUACUACGGAGCCCCUAAAGUGUCAUGACGAAAAAAACAACUAUAUCGUGCGCACGAGAUAUUAAAACGUGCGCACGAAAUACUAAAUCGAGUGCACAAGAUAAUAAAACGUGCGCACGAUAUAAUAAAACGUGCGCACGUUUAAGCUAAAUCGUGCGCACGAUAUAAUAAAACGUGUGCACUAGAUGCUAAAACGUGCGCUCGAUUUAAUGCACUCCUUCAGUUAUACAGACAGGUAGCAACAACAAUAGACAGCCGGGCUCCGUUGCUGAAGCGUCGAAGUUCUACACCUACAAGAAGUACACUUACUUCAAGUAUUGGUAAGUUGAUUUGAUUAUAUUGUGAGCUCAUCAUAGUGUAAAUCAUUCUGGAAAGGGACAACUAGGUAUGCAAACAACAUAUCUGCAUGACGGUAGCUCAGUGCAUAUUGAGAGCGUUUGUGACUGUUAAGUCCGCCGCCUGACCAGCUGUCAGCCAACGUUAGCCAAGGGUUGUCUGUGAAUGUAAGCCUCAAAGGCUAUUUAUCAGUACCUUUAAAUAAAAGCUACACAACUUUCAAGACUCAAGCCAAGCUUAUGUGUCUUGCUGCCACCUGCUAAAUAAAGUGGAGGGAGUUAGCCCCGAAGUUAGCUACAACUUCGGCCCUGUAACAGUAAACGAAUCCCCCCAGGGCAUCCCAGGUCAGAACACUAAUGCAGCAAACAAGGUAAACUGAUUCUUUAUAGAAAAUUGGUGCAAUAGUUAGAGGUAACUAUAC